AAUUAAGGUCUACACACGAACAUACUUUUAUCAGUAUGACGAAAUUUAGCAUCCAAUUAUGUUGUAUCUAAAAUAUUUAAUUUUGAUUUUAUUUAUCAAGAGCAAAACAAUUUCCACCGAGAACUUGAUUGCGAACAGCUGUACCCUGAGACCAACCGAAGAAACAGAAGUAAUUUGCAAACCUAAGGACGACUGUCCCUGGGCUCUAAAAUUCAUACAAAAAAAUGGGUACUUUCCAUGGACGUGUGGUAACGAAAACUCGCUGGUGUGUUGUCGUGUUAGAAAAAGUGGCAUAAUAAGCAAAAAAAUGUGCGCAAAGUAUGCUUCUUUGGCUUACGAAGAAAUGGAUUCUCCGACGAUGUUGGCCCAUUCUUCACCUAUCAAGGUGUUCAAAUGUGGCCAAGGCAACGCUGGGCUCAUCAUUGGUGGAAAAGUGACAGAAAACCAUGAGUUUCCGCAUAUGGUACUUAUCGGUUUUGUACAGAACGGUAGUUGUAGUAUUACUUGGGAGUGUGGAGGUACUAUAUUGAGCGAAUACUAUAUUCUGACUGCAGCUCACUGCCUAAAUCAUACAGAAAAGGGAUUGGCCACAUACAUUAAAACAGGCAUUACGCACCGAAGAGACAAAAAUUACGCUAGGUAUACCAUAGCCCAGCGAAUCCCGCACCCAAAAUACCAAAAAAAUUCUUACUACCAUGACAUCGCGCUCUUGAAGUUGGACGAACCCAUUCAGCUCGGUCCUCACGUAAAACCUGCUUGUCUUUACACCGCUAAACACAUACCAGUCAAUAGAGGUAUCGUUACUGGCUGGGGUUGCACAAGAACACUAGACAACAAAUUCAUACCAAGUGACAAUUUAUUGAAACUGAAGCUCGAAAUUUUCAACCACACUUUCUGCAAUAGAUCUUACAAGCCCUAUUUUAAUCGUCAUUUUAAGGAAGGAAUUUACCAAGAUACUCAGUUUUGCGCUGGUCCUUCGGACUGGACGGAGGAAAAAGAUGCGUGUCCGGGCGACUCUGGUGGUCCUAUGCAGAUUUUUCACCCAGGUGACGACGUGGAAUGUAUGUAUGAUAUUAUCGGAGUUGUGUCAUUUGGAAAAGCAUGUCCCAGCAGUUCUGGGAUUUAUGUGAAUGUGUCUGCUUACAUUGGUUGGAUAGAAAAUAUUGUUUGGCCAUAAACACAUACGUAAUAAUAAUAUCCCCUCGUAACUAAUAAAAAUUAAAUUAUGCAACCAAAUAUACACUGUAUA